ACAACAACAACACCUCCUCCACCACCUCCUCCUCCGACUGUGCGUGAUGACGACAGCACUCGGCCGCGGCGUGGUGCGUAACGUAACAUUCCAUUGAGAAGAAGAGGGAAAGAUGGCGUCCUCUAACAAUCCUCGCAAAUUUAGCGAAAAAAUCGCUCUGCACAACCAGAAGCAGGCGGAGGAGACCGCGGCGUUCGAGGAGGUCAUGAAGGAGCUGAACAUCACCAGAGCUGCCCGGUUGCAGUUACAGAAGACCCAGUAUUUGCAACUAGGGCAGAAUCGUGGACAGUACUAUGGAGGCUCACUGCCCAAUGUCAAUCAGAUUGGAAAUGGCAACAUUGACCUGCCUUUUCAGAACUCGGUGCUGGAUACCAGUCGAACAACCAGGCACCACGGGCUGGUGGAGCGCGUUUACCGUGACCGGAACCGCAUCACAUCUCCUCACCGCCGGCCGCUGUCAGUCGACAAACAUGGACGCCAAAUUGACAGCUGUCCUUACAGCUCAGUUUACCUCUCACCACCGCCAGACACUAGCUGGAGAAGGACAAAUUCAGACUCUGCCUUACACCAGAGCGCCAUGAAUCCGAAGCCCCAGGAGGUGUUUGCAGGGGGAUCACAGGAGCUGCAGCCUAAACGAGUACUGCUGCUAACAGUGCCCGGGAUGGACGACUCAGAGUCGAAUGCCGUCAAAGAUGCACAGAAACAGUUGUGGAAUGACAAGAAGGAUGAUGGGUCAAAGCCCAACACAUGUGAUGUCCCUGGAAUCAAUAUAUUCCCAUCACCAGACCAGGAAUUGAACCCGUCUGUGCUCCCAGCUGCACACAACACCGGCGGUUCGCUGCCUGACCUGACCAACAUCCAGUUCCCUCCUCCACUGUCCACUCCGCUGGACCCCGAGGACACUGUGGCCUUCCCCUCCCUCAGCUCGUCCAACAGCACGGGCAGCCUGACCACCAACCUCACCCACCUGGGCAUCAGCGCAGCAAGUCACGGGAUCCCCACCUCCUCUCAGCCCACCAUGACUGUAACGGCACAGCGCCGGCAACCUCCUGUGGUGCCGCUCACCCUCACCUCAGACCUCCAUCUCCAACAGUCACCACAGCAGUUCUCACCCACCCUGUCCUCACCGGUCAACAUCACACAGACCAUACCAACAGAGUCAUUGACCCUGGAGCAGCUUGCCCAGUAUCCCCUGUUCAACCAGUUGACGGCUCAGGCCCAGGUUCAGCUGCUCAGCGACCUGCAGAAGCAGCAGCAAGCCCUGUCGCAGGGCAUCCAGCUCAUCACUUUCCCUUCUCCAGCCUCCACUGGCACCGCCACUGCCAGCAGCCCCUCCCCAGACAGCCAGAGCCAGACAACCGCCAGCAUCAGCAUCAGCUCGUACCGCAAUCAGACUGGCUCACCAGCCACUCAGUCUCCAACCUCCCCAGUCUCCAAUCAAGGCUUCUCCCCCGGCGGCUCACCUCAACACAUCCCUGUAGUGGGCAGUAUAUUUGGCGACUCCUUCUAUGAUCAGCAGUUGACAUCGAGGCAGACCAAUGCACUUUCUCACCAGCUGGAGCAGUUCAACAUGAUCGAGAACCCCAUCAGCUCCGCCAGCCUUUACAACCAGUGCUCCACCCUCAACUACACACAGGCGGCCAUGAUGGGCCUCACUGGCAGCAGCCUGCAGGACUCUCAGCAGCUCGGCUACAGUAGCCACAGCAACAUCCCCAAUAUCAUCCUCACAGUCACAGGUGAGUCUCCUCCGAGCCUCUCCAAAGAGCUGACCAACUCUCUGGCUGGUGUUGGAGAUGUCAGCUUCGACACAGACUCUCAGUUUCCUCUGGACGAGCUGAAGAUCGACCCGCUCACCCUGGACGGACUGCACAUGCUCAACGACCCCGACAUGGUGCUCGCCGACCCUGCCACCGAGGACACGUUCAGGAUGGACAGGCUGUAACGUUAGAGGCUGACUGUGGCCAAUAACAAGAAGAGGAGAAAAAAAACACACACUAACUUGUGAAUGGCGAGAAACAAAGGGCAGGAAGAACCCUCUCCCUCGUUGCAUGGCUGUCCAGCUGUCCGACCUCGUCCUCAUCUCCGUGAAGCCCUUUGAAACGACGCGCCACCAAAAGACAGCAGGGAAUAAGACAUCCAGUGGCUUGCUGGGGAAUGGCCUCCCUGUCCAUUUGAAUGAGAUUGGUCGCUCAGAGCUUUCGCUAGCCUGCUGUGUUUACAGUGUACCAUUACAUGCCACAUUUAUUCCAAACGCACAUUUGACCAUUUUUUCCUCCACUUAAGUAUUUAUUUAUAUUUGCUCGUAGCAGGAAGCUGCUCAGACAUUGGGCUAAACCGUUUCCAGUUAUAACGGCUGCUGUUCAAAAAAAAGAAAAAAAAACCAUCCGGUUUGCUUGUGCCUGGCGAUCAGGUGAAUUGGUUUUCCCAUCAUGUUGUAACAGCUUUCUAUUUCACACUCAAAGCUUUAUUUUUGACAACCAAAAGUUAUUUUCAUCAUGUACUGUAUGUUUUGAUGCUUUAUGUAUUUAUAUGUUCUAUUUAUUUAUUUGGUUAAAGAUUUUAUAUUCUAUUUCAUAAUUUAAAUUUGAUGCCAAAAUGCUCUCUGUAAGCAUAGUGUAAAAUUGCACUGAUGUAAUUUGUGUCAAUUUAUUAAUCACUAACAUAUUUAUAUAUGUGUUUGUUAAGCUACUUGGUUAAUGAAGGAGUGCAAAACCUCCCCAUAGUUGCUCUUCGGUGUUAGAUGUGCCGUUCUCCGACGGAGGCACGUGGUAGACGUCGCCAUGCUGCCGCCCAACGCUUAAAUCAAAGCAUCGUAGUUUCCAGAAAUGGAUUGGUCUUACGCCACUGAAAUUAUUUUUUAUCUGAGAAAAUCAUCAGGUAUUUCUAUUCAACUAGAAUGCGCGAGAAACGCGUCCAAAUUAAUGUUCUGCAGGUAAAAAGCCAAUACACGUUCAGACCGACGCCGUCUGUUUUUAAACCAGAGAACACUAAAAUCUCAAAUCUUUUGAAGUCGUCACUGUGAAAUCACCUGAUUUUGCCUUACAUGAGUGUUCUACUGUUCUACUUAAGUGUCUAACGUGACAGCGUAUUUUCGUAACUUACUGUAACAUUUCGUGUAUUUGAGAGGAACUUAACUUUUGAUCAGUGAUACUUGUGGUUCUGUUGUGUAAGGUUUGGCAAAUCAAUGUACUGUAUUUUGUAGCGGUACAGUUUAUAGCCAAAUUGUCAAUGUUUUUUAAAGUGGGGCAAAAAAAAACUUAAAAAAAUUCCACGGAUGGGUUUGAAGUAUUUGAGAAGCGGUGCAAUUAUGGGGAGGCUUUUUCGCUCCUUAACAGGGAAGCUCUAACAAAAAUGCUGCUGAUCUUUGCCUCAUCAAUAACAAAGUACUCUACAGAGUACAGAGAUUUUAACGGUCGAUUGUAGGAAAUAAUUAAACGCCUUCAAAUGGUUGUAUCCAUAAGAUGCAAUCUUACAAUUUCAGAGUUUAUGAAUAUAAGGUUAUUUUUUGUCUUAUUAUUAAAGUGAAUGGAGUACAUAAAGGUUCUGUAUAAGAAAGAAUGAGUGUAUUUAUAUAUUUAAAGUACUUUAUGCAAUUUUUCUGCCAGCAACAAGAUCGGCCUUGUUCUAUUCAGUGUUGCAAACACCUAAAAUGUUCACAACAACAGUCGAGUCAAAAAGUGUUUACGCCACAAGUUCCGUCUGAAACCGUAAAUGUACUCGCAUCGUCACUAACUUUGUCCAUGACACACAUGUCUCUUUUGCCAAAAUGUAAUUGUAAAAAACAAUUGUGUCAAAUUUAAAAAAUGCACCUCUGAUUUCAGACUGCUUCGGCCUUUUGUCAGAGUUUCCCUGAGAGUCGUGUGUAGGUCUGUGGGAUCAUGUUUGGUAUAUUGUAAUGUUUGUGUACAGACGUGCUAAUCACUUACUCACCUAAAGCGCUGUUGGGAAGAAUUCCCAACCUCCCGCCUCCCCCUUCUUCUUCUUCUUCUUCUUCUUCUUCUUCCCGAAAAGGAAUCACGUUUGGUUUUACUGCCCACCUCCACACUUAGUGUUUCUCAACUGCUGUGCUCCUCCAUGAAAAGUUUUGUUUGCCUUCGACAGAUCUGUGAUUCCUAUGCAAAUAAGACAAAAAAAAAUCCACCUCCUGAUGUUUUAUUGUUUGACACAUUCCCGAAGUUAAGCUGGAUUUAUUCUUCUGAAGUGGUUUGUUGAUGGAGACAGAGGCUUAGUAUCUAUAAUUACAGCUGCAUGUAGAGAUGUGAUCAGUCUGCUUGUGUUCUCUGUGACAUGGUGCCAAAGGUUGAACAUGGUAGAAAUGGUUAUUGAGGACAACAUGGAGAGAAGAGAUUCAUUAUCAUCUCCUCUUGGAAGUAGCUUGAUAUAUUUAUAUUGUGAUCAUGUGGCACCAGUCCAGUGCUGACUGUCUGUCCACCAUGAUUGUAUGGUGUUUUUUUAUCUUUGUUCAAGAGCGAGGUCUUUUAGUUUGAGAGCAGAACUUUUUGAUUUUACCGUCAGAUUUUCUCCCCCUGCUUGUGCUUGGAUUUCAGUCACUGGACAAAUUAGUCUUUUGAGAUGAAGCUGCAGCUUCUUGGAUCAAAUUAAAUUCUGAAAAGACAUAGACUUGAUCGGUGGGAGGAUACUGGCUGCAGGAUGUGAAGUUUUUGCAGUGGUGCUAUGACAAUCAAAUGAAAUAGUUUGCAGAACUAUGAAUUUAUACAGAGAAGCAUAAAUCCAGCUUUGCUUAGAAAUUCUUUUAUAUAUAUUUUUUUCUAAAUUGCUCACCCUGCCUUUGUUUUUCUUGAAUCACUUGUCGAGAAUCUCGACAUCCACCUUCACACAAACUGCAUCUCUGCCUCUUCUACAGUAAAUUACUUCUAUGUGACUGUUGCUCUUAGAGAAAACAAAUCGUCUCGCUUUCUCCCUAUUCCUAAAGGAACAAAACCUGACAGAAGGUUCUCGUUCGAUGAAACGUUUAACUGUAGUUACUGAAAAUAUCUGGCAGUCACGAGCCAGGUAGUGAAAAAAAAGCCACUAAAACGAAACCCCCAGAAAUGCACAACAUUUUACCAGGAGCUGAUUUUCUUUAUCUACAGUCGGAUUUUUCCUCAAAGUUCUUUGUUACUAAAAAAAUUGUCAUGUUUUAUCUUUCAGCCAGAUGUCACUGAUGCAUUGUGGGUAAUGCCAGUGCUUGGAGCUCUCCUGUCAUUUCCUUUUCUCUCAUCCUGCUGAAUAACAGCCAUCCACACUGACCUUGUACAUACGCUAUAGCUGAAACUAAAUGCAUGACUAUACUGACAGACAGAACCUCCAGAACGUUCUCUUGCCCCACAGGUUUGAUUUGUGGAAGCGAUCACAGUCUAGAGGGAUGCAUGUAUGGGUUUCUCCUGUGCGACAAGUUUUAUCUUCUGUUAAAGUGACUCUGUUACCUCCAUCUCUGUAUAAUGGUUCUUCACGAAUGAUAAAAGAAUGUAUACUCUCCGUCCUAUAGUUUCAGCCUGUUGCCAAAUGACCCCGACCUUUGGAGUGUUUUGGCCCCUGGUGGCUUCUCUCUCUCUCUCUCUCUCUCUCUCUCUCUCUCUCUCUCUCUCUCUCUCUCUCUUCUCCUCUCCCUCUUUCUGCUCUUCAAUCUUCUCCUCCCGACUGUUACUCGUUCCUACACCUACUGUAGCAUUUGUGUGCCAGUCACUGUAAAUGGUCAAUUCUGGUAUGAAAAAGAGCCUCCUCCCUCUCCCCCUCCUCCGGCCUCCUCUGUGCACUACCUAGAAAAUGGAAGCGGGUGACGUCUGAUUCCAGAUUGGCACGGCGCACUGGUCGUUUGCAUACGCUGACCUGAAUAUUCUGACGCCUCUGCAUUACGCAGUCUACUGCAUGACAUGAUAGACACAUAAAGAAGAUUCUAACCCCAUGUUCUGUACAGGACUUAUCUGAAGUGGCGUGUGUCUUCAUCAGAUCUGAUUGUUUAAUGUCGUUGCCUAUCAUGUCAGGUUCUGGACUGGGUGAAGUGUAAUUCUGUUCUGUUUUUGUUUUUUGUGCAAUGGUUUAUCCACUAGUUGCUUGGCACUUUAUUUGUGGCUUCCUGGCUAUUGAGCAGGGACUGUUCUGCCCGAUGUGAAUGCUGACUCUUUCACUACAGAUGUGUACACCGGAGAUAUUUUCAUGUCAAAGAAAAGAUGAAUUCUCUAUUUUCCUUUGUAAACUAUAUUUUGGCUUGUCUUGUUAUUUUUGUUUUUUAAUCCGUGAAGAUUUUAGGAGAUGCAACACUAAAAAGGGCUUACUCCAGGGCAGCUUGCGCGCUCGUGUUGGGAAGGAACGGCGCUCCGAAUGUAUUUCUCUGGUGGUCACCCCCCCCCCCCCCACAUCUGAGCGAGUCACGUAAAACGACCCUAUUGCAGUGGUUAGUUUCAGCCUCAGAAAGACUCGACACACAUGCUGCCUCCCAGUCUCAGCUCCUGAAGUUAUCCAGACCCUAAAAGGAAUGUGUGAUUCCAUCAAAAGUCAAACGUGCAGUUCUACUGCAGAACACCAUAAUCUACCAGAUGUUUACAGCUGCUACAAACAUGGUGGAUAAAGCUUGGUGAGCUGCAAGAUGUGUGAAGGUCGCUAAGUUAGAAACUAAGAAAUGAAGAGAUGACAUUUGAGACAAAGGCGUUUCACUCGUCACAGAGUGAACAGCAAAGGUUAAGAGUUGGAUUUAAGCAGCUUAUUAAAGUUAGAGCUAGAAUGUCACUCAGUGAACACAUACUGUACCUCCGCCAAGGCCCCACAGUCUCCUCAGGGAACCAUUUUGACAUUCACUAGAUCUGGAAUUCUAUUUGGAUCUGCACCAAAUUACACUCACACAUAAAUGUCAUUCCCCUCAACAUGUCUGGUUUUAUUUCAUCAAGAUCCAUGAAUUAUUCUCUGACAAAUCAACUAAAACAUCCGCCCGCUGAUCCAAGUCUGCAACAACAUUUAACGGAUUCUUCCCUGGGUUGUUUCCCACUCCUCCACAAAAUUUCAUGGAAAUCCGUUGAGGGUUUUUUAGUGUAAUCCUGUCGACAAAGGAACAAACAAAUGUAGGUGUAAACUUAAGCUUGGCGGAGGUAGAAAAAUAAAUUUAAAAAAAGUUAGUUUGAAGGGGAAAAGAAAUGUUACGUGUUCUCACAUGUAGAGUUUGACUUUCCAUUUAUACACAUUGCAUUAGUGUCACUAAAUCUAGUGAGUCUGAAACUAAACACUGAAUUGUAAACUUCUGGCCAACGAACUAAAACUGGAGGUCAAAUUUUCAAACACGAGAAAGACGGAUCACCUCAAAUCAUCUUCUACGUCUCGUAAAUCAUUGACUUUUCACUCACCUGCUUCUUUUAGGUUAAGACUCCUUCUUGGCACAGCCCGUGUUUCCGUUGUGUGAAAGAGCCUUGAAUCUAAAUCUGGAAAAGCAGAUGAGUGAAGCUCCAACAGGCGUCCUGUGUUUCCUGGGUCCCAAGAACAAAAGCUUAGAGUUGCUGCUCAGUUGUUUCUGCUUUUUCCCUGAGAGCUUUAGAUCUGAAUAACGUGUCCCUUUAAUAACCUGGGGUUUUCUAACCACAAUUCUUAGAAACGUGUAAAAGGUUAUGGAAAAAAACACAGUUUAAGUUCCACUUCAAGCUUAUAGUGAGAAUAGCAUUAUAAUCACUGUUGUCCUGUAAGUCGUAGUAAAAAGACCUGUAGUUAUUUAUUUGUUGCCGUGAUUCUCCUUAUGUGACCAUUUGUUUAUAAGAGGAAAGAAAAAUGUCAAUUAAAUUGAAUGUGGAAAAACAGAUUUUUCUCUGCACAUAGUCUUGAUUUGCAGAAUAAUGUCAAUUUAAAAAACAAACAAAUAAAAAAA